UGUUUAUCCUGCAUCACGUUGCCGCCUGUGUGCGUCCAGACGCAGCCGCCUGGACGCGCCUGUCAUCUGGAGGAAACUCCUCCCCGCAGACAGCGCGUCCUGUCGCCUUUCCAGCGCAAUGGUCUCCUGGAUCAUCUCUAGACUUGUGGUACUCGUGUUCGGUACACUAUAUCCUGCAUACUCAUCUUAUAAAGCUGUGAAGUCGAAAGAUGUGAAAGAAUAUGUAAAAUGGAUGAUGUACUGGAUCAUAUUUGCCCUGUUCACUGCUGUGGAAGUGUUUACAGAUAUGUUUCUUUGCUGGAUUCCUUUCUACUAUGAACUGAAGAUAGCCUUUGUGGUGUGGCUGCUGUCCCCUUACACUAAAGGCUCCAGUGUGCUAUACAGGAAGUUUGUUCAUCCCACGCUUUCCUCAAAAGAAAAGGACAUUGAUGAGUAUAUCUGCCAAGCGAAGGACAAAAGCUAUGACACAUUGGUGCAUUAUGGGAGAAAAGGGCUGAAUGUUGCCGCCACAGCUGCAGUCAUGGCUGCAACAAAGAGCCAAGGGGUCCUGUCAGACAGGCUGAGGAGUUUCAGCAUGCAGGAUCUGUCUUCCUAUCAGUCUGACCCCGAUAACACCGUCCCUGGCACUACGCAACCUGCAGCAGCACAGCAUCGGACCCGAUCUAUGAUGCGCAGCAAGUCGGAGAGCUACAACAAGGGACAGGAUUUUGACAUGACUGAGUAUGAGAUGUUGGGGUUGGACCACUGGGACUCCAAGGAGUUGCCGUCCCAGACCAUUUCACCCUCUGAGUCUGAGUCCACACCCGUUACGCCCUCACUGACACCCAAGUCCUCCCCACCCCCCACACCCUCUCCACCCCCCUCUCCUCCUCCAGUUCCGGAGCAGGCUGAGGAGGUGGGCAAAGGGGUGCAGGAAGCAUCAAGCUCUCCACAGCUCAGGCUGAUUAAGAGGAAGGCUCCUGAGCCUCCUCUUAAAGUCUUAAGGCCUCUCACAAGAUCCAGGAGUGCUCUUUCUUCAAACAAUGAAGCCAUGUGAAACUGUCCUAAAGACUCAUCCCGCUGCCUUUGCUGCAAGAAGUGAAACACUGAAUGGCCAAAAGCUACAUGACUGAAGCAGCCUUGCUUUGGAAUAAGGUAUUACCAAAGUGACCUAUGAUGACCCCUCUAUAUAUACACUGUAUCUCAUGGCUCAUGAUUUAAAAACAGUGAGGUUUGUGACACUGAGAUAGUACAAAUGAAUGAAUGGGCUCCAUGCUGAUAGACACUUUGAGUUAGUGGGUUAUUGAAUAUGUAUUUAUGUACAGUUUGUGUGUUCUUCAUCAUUCUGAUUUGAUUGUUUUUAUAUAUCAGGUUGGGGUAGGCAAUCGCAUGCGUGUCUUCCCAGUCAUUAGUCCACUGUUAUUCAACAGAAUGUACUGUCACUGUCACUGUCACUGUUAGAGAAUGUGUGAAAAGCCAAGGAUCAAAAGAAAAGGCGUUGCUGUUUUUACCCCCAUUUAAUCUCCUCUGGAGAAAUAUCUGUGAGUAGCUGAAUCUGCACUGAUUAUCAUAUUAAGGUAUUCAGAAAUCACCUAAAAACAUUCUUAGAUGAGACAACGUACCUUUUGUGAUCAUGAAGAGUCAGACAGCAGUGGCAGACAAUAUUCUGUUAUUUACCUCUCUAUUUAAGCCUUAAAGAAAGACAUAGCAGAAAUCUAAAAUGUCUCCACACAUAAGAAUUUAUUACACAACUAUGUUCUCAUUAAACAAUCAUUUUGCACUAUGUUUAGAAUAUGAAAUUACUGCCCUCAGUACUCUGAAAUGGCCAAAAAUCAGAUUAAAUUAGUAGCUGAAUAUUAUCAACUACAAUAACUUUAUUGUUAUUGCUCUGUUCUUCUGUGGUAAAGAAAUAAUUACUUGUGUGACAAGUCAUAGCUUUCGCAACACAGAAAAAUGAAAUCACUACUGCAAGAGUUUUCCUCAAUGGAGCAGACUGUUUCUGACAAUCUACUGUUCAGUUUGUGAGCAUGUUUUGUCAUUUAAUUGACAAUUUAUUUGGCAAUUUGAGGCCGAUCAGGCACAACAUUAAAACCACUGACAGGUGAAGAGAAUAGCAGUUAUCAUCUCAUUACAAUGCAAUGUUGUGCUGGGAAACUGAGUCCUGGCGUUCAUGUGGAUGCAACUUGACAUUCACAACUCACCCAAGCACUGUUGCAGAUGAAGUAUACUCCCACAUGGCAAUGCCAAACGCAGAUGGCAGUGCUCAAGGAAUGUGACAAAGAGCUCGAGGCGUCGACCUAUCCAAGUCUGAUCCACUGUGGGACCUCUGACCAGUCGAGACAUGGUCUGAUCCCUUGAGUCCUGUGGGUUGCCAGGUGGGGUACCGGCAUAUCCCACAGAUGAUCGAUCAGACUGGGAUCUGGGGAAUUUGAAAGCUAGGUUGAUGCCUUGAGCUCUUUGUCACAUCCCUCGGGUCAUUCCUGAGCAAUGUUUGCAGUGUGGCAUGACACACUGUCCUGCUGGGGGGCACUGCCAUUGGGGGGUAAAGUUUCCUUGACAGGGUACACUUGGUCUGCACUGGUGUUUCGGUGUAUGUCAAGUUGCAUCCGCUUGAAUGCCAGGACCCAAGGUUUCCCAGCAGAACAUUGCACCGUGACAAGAUAAUCAAUGUUAUUCACUUCACCUGUCAGUGGUUUUAAUGUUGCGGCUGAUCGGUGUAUGUUACUUUUCAGCUGUAGCAGAGAUAGACUAUAACAUGAAUAAAUACUUACUGUAUCUAAACAUGGUUCUUUUUCCAUGUUUGAAAUCACUGUGUAGUGCUCUGCUGUUAACUGAGCAACACUAAACCCAACGAUCUUACCUUCUACUUUUUUUUAGGAAUUCAUUAGAGGGAGUUUGUCGGUUUGCAGGUUUACAAACUUAAAUCUAAGUUAAUAUUGCAUGGUGAUACACUGUAUGUUUCCAUCCUGUACUUAGUUCACUGAGCCUGAAUCAUAGCGACAUUUUACACAAAGUAUCACUGUGUUGGUUGUUGAUGGGUGGACUCCUGCUGUAGACUUAUAAUUUCCAUCAUUGUAUCUGUAUCAUUUAGGGUGGUCUGAAGUUUGAAACAAAAGCUUCUCAGGUACAACUGUUCUGUUUACACGUCCAUCACUCUGAUGUUGUAGAUACACUUGUUAUGCACAUGAAAUGUCCUUUUACUGGAUAAAUGGUGAGGAAAAAAAAAGAAACAGGAAAAAUCAGAGUAUGUGUGUUCAGCAUUAGUAGUAUCAGUGUUAGUGCUGGAGGUGAUUUCCUUCUGUUAAAAUUCAUGCAAAGUAAAAUGGAGAAAAAAAAAACGUUGCUAAGUAGCAGAUUUGUAUACUUGUGCGUAGACUGAUGAACUCAUCAUUGCAUGAUGUUUGUUAUGAUUUGUAUGAAAAUUGGAUUUCUUGAAUGAUUUUGUUCGGAUGCCUUGCUGGUAAACGAUGAAUUAUGUUGUCAUUUUUUUGUUGCUUUGUAGAAAGACUAUGAAAUGUUAUCCAUGUUGGCUUUACAUAUAUAUAGAUAAUGUCUUAUUUACCGAUAAAUUAACCACUUUGACUUUAUUCAUGACUAAAAACCACUUAAAUUAUGCUAAGCAAUUUUGUUCUGGCAGGCCAGAAUGUCAAAUUACUUAAAUUUCAACCUGAACAAAAAGCAAAAAGCAGUGAAAUGAUGACAUGAUGGUCCAUGGCUGUCAAUUUAUUGUUCUACUAGGUUAAAUAUUUCUGUUUAAAUCGAUUUACAGCCAUUAAAUAUGAAGCAAAA